ACAGUGAGUGCAUUCAUUAUUAGAAUUGCGCUGCUGCAAGAAAUUCAUAACCACUGGCAGCUCUGUUUUGUGGGGAAGAAUUCAUUUUUCGCAUUUGGGAUUUAGGAUUGAAACACAGAGAGAACCGCAGAUCCAAUUGCCGAAAAUCGGGCGAGGCGACGACCAAGACCUCAUUUUUAAUUUCUAAAUUGAGGUUUUAACAGUGAAGUGUGGCUGGGGUUUUAAUCAUCCGCCCCAGCGUCGCACUCUGACUUCCACGUUCAAGUCGCGCUGAAAUUGGAAUCGUCUCUUGUUCAUCCAAUUUCACAUGAUUUUUCCCGAUUCCACCAUUGGUAGCUAUGAGGAAGCCUCUGGGCGCUGUAAUCUUCCUUCUCAUCUUCACAAACUGCGCCUUUUCAUGGAAGAAAGAAGAGUUCAGGACCUGCAACCAAACCCCAUUCUGCAAACGCGCCCGCUCCCGGAAACCAGGCGCUUCGUCCCUGAUCGCCGCCGACGUCUCCGUCUCCGACGGCGACCUUGUAGCAAAGCUCGUCGCCAAGGAGAAUACCGAAGAAAAUUCCGAAAAUGAAGGGAAACCCACAAACCCUUUGGUUCUCACAAUAUCGGCAUAUCAAGACGGCGUGAUGAGGCUCAAAAUUGACGAAGAUCAAACCUCGAACCCAUUCAAGAAGAGAUUUGAGGUACCUGAUGUGAUUUUACCCGAAUUUCUGAGCAAGAAGCUCUGGCUACAGAGGCUGAAACAAGAAAAAAGUGAUGAGGGUUUGGGUGUAUUUUCUGUUGUAUAUCUUUCAGAUGGAUUCGAGGGUGUAAUUAGGCAUGAUCCAUUUGAGGUUUUCGUUAGGGAGAUUGGGAAAAAUGGGAAAAAACUUGUGUCCUUGAAUUCCAAUGGUUUGUUUGAUUUUGAACAGCUGAGGGAUAAGAAAGAGGAAAAUGAGGAUUGGGAGGAGAGGUUUAGAAGCCAUACUGAUACAAGGCCAUAUGGUUCUCAAAGUAUCAGUUUCGACGUGUCGUUUUUCGAUGCUGAAUUUGUGUAUGGCAUUCCAGAGCAUGCCACAAGUUUAGCACUAAAGCCAACUAGAGGGCCGGGAGUCGAGCAUUCCGAGCCCUACAGGCUAUUCAAUCUUGAUGUGUUUGAGUACCUCCACGAUUCGCCUUUCGGGCUGUAUGGUUCGAUUCCAUUCAUGAUAUCUCACGGUAGGCUGCGAGGAAGUUCCGGAUUCUUUUGGCUGAAUGCUGCCGAAAUGCAGAUUGAUGUUUUAGGGGAUGGAUGGAAUGAUGAAUUUUCGUCUGAUCAGAAGAGAGUCGAUACCCUGUGGAUGAGUGAGGCCGGUGUUGUGGAUGUGUUCUUUUUCGUCGGUCCUGAUCCAAAAGAUGUCGUUAGGCAGUAUACUAGUGUGACAGGGACAGCGGCAUUGCCUCAGCUGUUUGCGACCGCCUACCAUCAAUGCAGGUGGAAUUACAGAGACGAGGAGGAUGUUGAUAAUGUCGACUCUGAAUUCGAUGUGCACGACAUUCCUUAUGAUGUUUUGUGGCUUGAUAUCGAACACACAGACGGGAAAAGAUAUUUUACCUGGGACAGGGCGCUGUUUCCGAAUCCUGAGGAGAUGCAGAAGAAGUUAGCCUCGAAAGGUAGGCGGAUGGUGACGAUCGUGGAUCCUCACAUCAAAAGGGAUGAAUCGUAUUUCAUACACGAGGAAGCUUCUGAGAAGGGAUACUAUGUGAAGGAUGCUUCGGGGAAGGAUUUCGAUGGUUGGUGCUGGUCUGGCUCAUCGUCCUACCCAGAUUUUCUGAAUCCGGAAGUUAGGAACUGGUGGGCUGAAAAAUUCUUGUAUGAGAAUUAUGCCGGUUCGACUCCAUCGUUGUACAUUUGGAAUGAUAUGAAUGAGCCUUCGGUUUUCAAUGGUCCCGAGGUUUCAAUGCCAAGAGAUGCUCUACACCACGGAGAUGUCGAGCAUAGAGAGUUACACAAUGCUUAUGGCUACUAUGUGCACAUGGCUACAUCCGAUGGACUAAUUAAGCGAAGUGAUGGAAAAGAUCGACCUUUUGUUUUGUCGAGAGCAUUUUUCCCCGGAAGUCAAAGAAUCGGAGCAGUUUGGACAGGAGACAACUCAGCUGAUUGGGAUCACUUCCGGGUUUCGGUUCCCAUGAUCUUGACACUCGGCCUUACCGGGAUUUCAUUCUCCGGCGCUGAUGUUGGUGGAUUUUUUGGUAAUCCUGACACUGAGUUGUUGGUUCGUUGGUAUCAGCUCGGUGCCUACUAUCCCUUCUUUAGAGCACACGCCCAUCAUGACACCACAAGGCGCGAACCUUGGCUGUUUGGCGAACAGACGACAGAAAUCAUUCGGGAAGCUAUACGUGUGCGCUACAUGUUGCUACCGUAUUUUUACACAUUGUUCAGAGAGGCGAAUGCGACCGGCAUCCCUGUCGCUCGCCCUCUGUGGAUGGAAUUUCCUAAGGACGAAAAGACAUUCAGCAACGACGAAGCAUUUAUGGUCGGAAACAGUCUUUUGGUUCAAGGAAUAUACACAGAGCAUGCAAAACAUGUGUCGGUAUAUCUUCCCGGGAAUCAGCUAUGGUAUGACAUGAAAACCGGUGCUUCUUACAAGGGAGGCGCAGCUCAUAAAAUGGAAGUGUCGAAAGAUCACAUUCCAUCUUUCCAGCGCGCCGGCACCAUCAUUCCUAGAAAGGAUAGAUUUCGAAGAAGCUCGACACAAAUGGAAGACGAUCCUUACACUCUGGUUAUUGCACUCAACAGCUCCAAAGCUGCCGAAGGCGAGCUGUACGAAGAUGAUGGGAAGAGCUUUGAAUUUCUACACGGCGCGUACAUUCACCGGGGCUUCACAUUUUCAGACAGGAAGCUAACUUCUUCCAACAUGGCUCCUCACGACAAAUUUUCCUCGGAUUGCACCAUUGAAAGAAUUAUACUCCUAGGUAUGUCUCCUGUACCCAAAACUGCUCUAAUUGAGCCAGGAAAUAAGAAGGUCGCCAUUGAAUUGGGACCACUGACACUUCGACGAGGAGCUGCUCCAUCUGUCCCGACUAUCAGGAAACCUAAUGUUCGAAUUUCUGAUGACUGGACAAUUAAAAUCUUGUAAACACUGUAUUCAAUGUAUGAUCAUAUCUGUAUGCAGAAUUGAAUUAUUGAUCAGAUGUCACUCGAUAGCUUAAGAACUCUUAAAGCUACUGUUCUUGGAGCGUUCUAUCAAUCUGAAAAUUUCUGUGGUUCUUGUUCUUUGAAAUUGAACU